GAUCAGUCUUUAAGAAUGAACUUUCUAAAAAUCUGGAUUCUGUAAGAAAUGAAAUAGUUCAACUUGCUCCCUAUUUGCCGCCCCUAACCUCAUCAAACCUUGUCAAUAUUAUAACAAACUUUUCGAGCCGCUUGCCCCAAAAGGUGAUUGUACUCGUAAUUCAACAAUUCACGAAAUCCUUGGGUACUUCAUUUAAGGUGGCGAUUUCCUUUGGGCUCCUGGUAUUUUUAAUUUCGUUAUUUAUGGGGAACGAAAAACCCGGUUUUAAAAAAAGGGAGGGUAAAAGUGAUGGCGCACUGGCGGGUCUCUGA